AUGGUCCGUAGUGGAGAGCUCCCGACCAGACUCAUGGCGCUUAAACAUGGCGCUGACUUGGUUUGGUCUCCUGAAAUCAUCGACAAGAAACUACGAAGCUGCAUACGAAUCGAAAAUGAGGAUCUUAAGACGAUAGAUUUUGUGGAAGCAAGAAAUGGCCAAGUGCCAACACCAAAACCUGGAAAAUCGGUGCCUGUUGUGUUCCGCACGGACAGAGCCAAAGAAAAAGGCCGCUUGAUUCUUCAGUUGGGAUCAGCUGACCCUGAAAUAGCAGUGGAAGCAGCUAAAAAAGUUAUUGACGACGUUGAUGGUAUAGACUUAAACUGUGGCUGUCCCAAACCAUUCUCAACGCAUGCUGGUAUGGGUGCAGCCUUACUCAGUAAUCCAGAAUUACUUACGCUGAUCCUCUUGAACCUUGUGGAGGAAGUGGGCAAACCGAAAAAUAAGCCAAUAAGUGCUAAGAUUAGGCUUCUAGACCCUGCUGAUCCCAAGCCCACCUUGGAUCUCGUGGAGAAGAUUUGCAAGACUGGAAUCGCCAACUUGACAGUUCACUGCCGUACCAGGAGUAUGCGCAAUAGAGACACACCCAUAAGAAUCUUUGUCAGUCAGAUUUACGAGGUGGUGCUGAAGUACAAUGUUUCUUUGGUGAUAAAUGGCGGAUUCCAGUGUAGGAAAGAGAUCGAGAACUUUCAAAAGAGUAUCAACAAUCAUGCUGUGGGAGGUAUGAUAGCAGAAGCUGCCGAGUCGAACCCCACUGUAUUCGCACCAGUGCCUUUACCUUGGAAAGAAGUCACCAAGGAGUUUUUGUCCCUCUGCAUCGCAUACAAGAACCAUGCUAGCAACAGCAAGUACAUCUUAUUAAACCAAAUACCGGGAAGGUCGCAGAUAUACAAGGACAUAUGUAAGGUGAAGACUAAUGAGGACUUCUUGAGGAUCAUCGAGGGUGUGGGUGCAGAAGGUGAUCUUUUAUUCGUGAGGACAAUGCAGAAAGCCGUUGCCAUGAACAAAGAUGAAUUCAUGAGACAGUUUGAGCUGAAGAGGAAGAUGACUACUGAACCCGAAUUCGUGGAAAAGAGAACGAAAAUCGAAGCGGUGGCAGGUUAG